AACUGCUGACAGCACCGAAGUAUAAGUGUCCUCCUUUAAGACCACAUGUGCAUUAUUUCACUCUCGUUUCAGAGGUGAUACGAUAAGAGCAACUGCCCAGCGACACAAGAGACACUUUCUCAAAAUGACUCAAGCAAGUCGCUACACCGCUGCGCUUCUUCUGCUGUCUUCCAUGCAUUGGCUAGGAAGCUCUCUAGCCUCAAACCCCCUUCAGCUUUCAGCUACAGCAGAUGCAGUUCCUGACAUCAACCACAGUGGUCCUCCCAUCACGAAUCUGUCCCAGAGACCCGUCCUCCAGCCCAAAGAAAGCACCCCACCUGCGUUUCUGUACACCCUGAAGAACCCUCAGGGCAAAGUGUGUGCGCAGGCCACUUUGGGAGUGGAGUAUAUGGUGCGAGAGAACAAAAAGAACUAUUACUUCAACUUAAUUCCCAGACUUACACAAGUCACGGGAUACUGUGGGAGCCAAAAGACUGUUUUGUCAUUGGACUUUUAUGGUGGACAUCUGGAGUUCACUUACAUCAAGGAAGGCGAUGUCUCCUAUGUGAACACCAUCAAAGCUCUUCUGAGACCUGUUCCCCCUUGUAAAAAUUGCCAGAAUAAAACCUACGUCGGAGUUGUAAGUCACGAUAAGCUAUUCAAAGCAAAAAGCGGCCUGAGCUUCAAAUGCAAGUCUCAGACAACUCUGAUAAUGGCAAGCUACUUCAAAAUCAAACUGGUGCCACUCCAGAUUCAAGCCUUUGACCUGGCUAAUGGAGCGUUUGGAAAAGAGGUGGAGUGCUGGGCUGAUUACAGCAAGCGCAUGAUCCCCAUUAUCCUGGGCGCCGUCGCUGCAGCGGUUUGCCUCAUCGCCAUUCUGACGUACGUGCUCGUCAGGGAACGCCGUAACCAUGGCUACGAACAACUCUGAGACUCUAGAUGUGCGCAGUGAAGAUGAAGCACAAGAGUUGAUUACGUUUUACGUUGUGUGGAUAUUGCUUUAAAGGGUCUCAGUAAACGAUUAAAAUACAAUUGACACGGAAUACUGUUAGAAAUGUGCUUUUUGUAGACUACGGUCUUUCUGAUGUGAAUAUGAAACGCUUUUUGUGGACAAAUGCCGAUUUUUUGCAAUGAUUUUGAACAAAUUGGUGUUAGACGGCAAAGACUAUGAUUGCCGAUGUUACAUCACGAUUAUGAAGCUCCAGCAACCGAAUUACAAAACGAUAGGAGAAUGAAUGUUUAGACUAUUAUUAUCUAAAAAGUAAAGCUGAGAGCAUAUAAUUAGAGAACUGAUGAUUGAGGGAAAUCAGAGGUUAUUUCUAGUGUUGUCAAAAAAUAAAAAGGUGUCAUUUCUGUAGGUGAACUUU